AAUCUAAUCAAACGCGAUCUGAAAGCGAUAGCCGCGAAUAUCACAAAGGAACAAGGCAAGACACUACCCGAUGCGGAAGGUGACGUCACUCGUGGAUUACAGGUAAAUAGUAUCAGUUACUUUACUUUUUUGUGUUUAUUUUUUGGCGUGGAGAGAGAAUGA